GCUAGAGUGUAAUGGAUGUGGAUUUGUGAAGACAAAGAGGAGAGUGAAGGAGAGUUGGAAGGUGAAAAAGAAGGGUCUGAUCGUGACGGUGAAGUGGGUGUGGAUUUUGAAAUUAUAUGCUUGCUACUAAAAAAUGCCAAAGGCCUAGCGAUCUUAACUGUUGCCAAAGCUGGUGCACUUCUCUCUUACAAAAUUGGUACUGGUUUGGUUGUUGCUCGAAGAGCAGAUGGAUCAUGUUCUGCGCCAUCAGCUGUACUCUCCCUGGGCUUAGGAUGGGGUGCUCAGAUUGGUGGCGAACUUAUGGAUUUUAUAGUUAUUCUUCAUGAUAUAAAAUCUGUGAAGGCAUUCUGCAGUCGAAUGCAUUUUUCCCUUGGUGCUGGUUGUAGUGCUGCUGCUGGACCUGUUGGAAGAGUUCUGGAGGCUGAUGUUCGUGCUGGUGAUAGGGGUUCUGGCAUGUGCUAUACAUACAGUUGUAGUAAAGGUAGUUUUUAAAUGAUUUUUUUAUUACACAUAUCACUUGUUCUUCUCUAUGCACAAAAAUGCC